AUGCAGUUCAAGAACGCUAUUGCCACGCUCGCACUUGCCGGUAUUGGAGGUGUAGAUGCUUUCUUCCGUAUCAACUGUGCUAAGAUCCAAGUUGGUCGUAUUGAUCCUAUUGUCAACCCCGGUGCCCUGGCCGCACAUUGCCAUACAAUCGUCGGUGGAUCAAACAUCGGUGUAAACGCAACUUUCGAUAGUUUGUUCAACUCAGAAUGUACCUCUUGUGAGAUAUCUGCAGACAAGUCUGCCUACUGGACGCCAAAUCUUUACUAUCAGCACACCAAUGGCUCUUUCGAGGAGGUUCCUCACGGCGGAAGUGUGAUCUACUACCUGGCUCGUGGUCAGAAUGCCAACGAUAUCAUCUCAUUCCCCAAAGGCUUCCAGAUGCUGUCAGGUAACAAAGCCUUGAGAGCCGCCAAUCAAUCAGGCAUGACUUGGGGAGACGCAACGCACCCCAACAGGCCUAAAUCUGAUGCCAUUAGUUUUGCUUGUCUAGCCGAAACCCCUGGCCCUGAGACACCCAACCUGCCUGUCGAUCCUCGUGUGUGUAUUAGCGGUUUGCGUGCUCAGAUUCACUUCCAGACUUGCUGGAAUGGUAAAGAUUUGUACAAAGCCGACAACAGUCAUGUUGCACACAUGUCUCAGAUCGACAAUGGAGUCUGUCCUCCAGACUACCCUUAUCAGUUCCCUCACCUGUUCCUCGAGACCAACUACGCAGUUGCUCAAGUCUCCAAUUUGAAUGACGGUGGUCGGUUCGUCUUCUCCCAAGGUGAUCCUACUGGUUAUGGCUUCCACGGUGAUUUCCAAAACGGUUGGGAUGAUGAUGUUCUCAAGAGCGCCAUUAACAACUGUCUUGUUGACGGUCAAGAUGACUCCGGUACUCUCGAUGAAUGUCCCGUUCUUCGGCCAUACUGGAAUCCAAACGCCGGCGACAAUUGCCCCGUGCAACCUCCUCAAAUCGCCGAACCAGCCACUGGUAUGAUCAGCAGACUUCCUGGUUGUGUUCAUGUCACCAAUGGCCCUGGUGCCGCCACAGCUGCUGACAUGGAGUGUCCGGCUGGCGUUCCUCUGGCCAGUAUCGUCAGAACGGUUGAUACGGUUCCACGACCCACCUACACGCCCACUGCUGGCACUCUCUUUGGCAAUAAAUUCAACAAGAUUGUUGGCUGUGGUAACGACUCGUACGUUAACAAUGGCUUCAGGAGUCUGAACGCAGUAUACACGACUUACCCUGGACUGACUGUCGAGUAUUGUCAGACUUGGUGUACCAAGCGUGGAUACCCCUACUCUGGUGUUGAGAACGGCAAUCAAUGUUUCUGCGAUCUUGUGAUCAACCCAGCAACCAUCGUCAAGGAUCAGACAGAUUUCCUCUCGGGCUGUAAUAUUGUGUGCCCUGGAAACCGCACUGAGCUCUGUGGUGGAGCCUUCUACAUGUCCAUCUACAAUAACACUGAUCCGAAUUUCAAAAGGACAACCAACCUUGCCAACUCCGUUAUUCAACUCACUUAUCCUGUCGCUCCCUUUAACUCAGCAUAUGUGGGUUGCGCCAGUGAAGCCAACAACGGACGUACCCUGAACGGCACAUCUUUGGUCAAUGCCAACAUGACCAUCGCCCAAUGUGCUGCUCUCGCCGCCGCCAACAACGCCGCCUUCUACGGCCUCGAAAACGCAGAUGAGUGCUACACUGGCAAUGGUUUCGCCUCUGGUGGUAUGAUUGUAGAUAACACCACCGACUAUACCAAAUCACAAUGCUACAGCCGCUGCGCAGGAAACUUUACUCAAAUCUGCGGUGGUGGUGGAAAAUUAUCGGUAUACAGCAACCCUGCGUACAAGCCUGUGACUGUUGUACCCAGUGUGGGUAAAUACAAGAGCAAGGGAUGUUUGCAGGAGCCGACCAGUGGGUCAAGGGCUCUUACUGGUGCUAGUACCACUGAUAUUCUGAUGACUGUCGAGAAGUGCAUCAAAUUUUGCUUGGGCAAUCGCCACAAGUAUGCUGGUAUCGAGUACGGCCAACAAUGCUACUGUGGAGACAGCAUCUCUCCAGGCGCCGUCGCGCAGAAGACGUGUGAUACACCAAAUCUGAUGGUCUGUCCUGGUAACAAGUUGGAGUACUGUGGUGCAGGUAACUUGCUCAACCUCUACUACUCUUCAACAUUGUAA